CAACAGCAGCAACUGCGUUGUAAACAACGGCGUGAGGCACGUUGCGCGACCAUGCCGUCAAGAAACUGCGUCGAUGAGUUUCAGAAGUUUGUCCUCGGCCAUCGAAACCAGCUGGAGACAUCGGGAAUACCGCCGCAUUUCUGGCCCACCUUGCACUGGAAGCUUCAGGAAAGCGUCUUCGACGCUGGCGAGGUGUUUCAGAUUGUGCAGGUGCAGGAAUGCAGUGACGAUGACUCGGCAGUUCCAGAUGAGGUCAUGGACACUGCCGAGCAGAGUGCAGAUGAAGCCAAGAACUAUUCGGUCAAAGUGGUCGUCACACGAGAGGAGGGCGUCCACUGCCAGGAUUCGGAACAUGUGUAUCUGGUGGACCACGCAUGGACGUGUCGUCCCCAGCAGGCGAGACAGCAGCUACGAGAGAUGCCACGGCUGCUCCUGCGCAUGGCCCAACUGAUGGGGAUACCCCUGCCCUCGGACUACACCCUUGGCCAGGAGCAUCCUGAACUGGUGGAUGCAGUCUUUGAGCGCAUGUGGAAGUACAACCAAACGUACAGCAUUGCAGGACCACUGGCAACCACUGAGGACUCGGUGCCCGUCUGGUAUGUGAUGGAUGAGUUUGGCAGCAGCAUCCAGCAUGAGAGCAGCCAGCCGAGCUUCCGCUGUGUGCCUUUCUGCCAGCUGCCCCAGAGGGAGGCCUACAGCAUCCUCUUCCCCAUCAGGGACGUCAGCUGCGGAGAUGAGGUGACCCGUGACUAUGCUGAGGGUCCCCCGUGUGACCCCCUGACUCGCGCAGCCCUGCUGCUCCCUUGGGAGCCACGUGACCUGACACAUGUGGACUGCUGCCCUCCUGCACCUAGGCUGGACUUUCUCAGGAGUGGGCGAAAGGAGGAGACUGAACCCGACCCUGGUGCGAUGGUGAGGGACGUGCCACGAGAUCGUAAGCUGCGUGUCUACUCGGAUUACGGGCAGGUGCGGCAAUGCCUGACACACCCGUCCUUCGAGUUGGUCGACGAGGAAAAGGAUGCCGAUGUGCUGUGGCUCAACUACCACUUCAAACAGUACAGGGAACUGAGCUGCGAGAGCCCCAGCAAGCGAGUGAACCAGUUUCCCUUUGAGCACGUGCUCACUGUCAAGGACCUGCUGGCACUGGUGUGUCGCCGCGGCUGCUGUGGCCAGGAGCGCCUGGUGGAUGCUGACAGCCUGAGCAGCCGGCCCCCGUGGCUGCCCACCACGUACAACCUGCAGACCGAGCUGCCUCACUUCGUCUCCUACUACCAGCAGAGGCAGAAGAGAGGCCUGAACAACGUGUGGAUCUGUAAACCCUGGAACUUGGCUCGGAGCUUAGACACCCACGUGACAGACAACCUGAACUACAUCCUGCGUCUACCAGCCACAGGUCCUAAGGUGGCAUGCAAGUAUGUGUCAGACCCUGUGCUCUUCCCACGGGAGGACGUUGGCCUGGUGAAGUUUGACUUUCGCUACGUCGUUGUCCUGCUAGGUGUGAGGCCCCUGCGUCUCUAUGCCUACCGCCAUUUUUGGCUUCGCUUUGCCAACAAGCCUUUCGCCUUGAGUGACUUUGAUGACUACGAGAAGCAUUUCACGGUGAUGAACUACACUGAAUCUGGACCACAGCAGACGACAUGUGCACAGUUCUUGGAACGCUUUGACCAGCACUACAGCUCACAGCCCUGGGACAAGGUUGAGGCCGAGGUGUUUCAAGUGCUGAGGCAAGUGUUUGAGCUGGCAUGUGCUGAACCGCCACCAGCUGGCGUAGCACACAGCCCACAGUCACGUGCAAUGUAUGCUGUGGAUCUCAUGCUAGAGUGGGACCGCUCUCAGGGACCGGCAGAGCAUCCACACAUGCAGCCCAAGCUGCUGGAAGUGAACUGGGCACCCGACUGCCAACGUGCGUGCCAGUUCUACCCAGACUUUUUCAACGACGUGUUCGCUGCCAUGUUCCUCGAUGAAGCCGACUCCAAUCCAAGUUUUGUGCCUCUCUGACAAGUUGCCGGAACUGGGCACGCUGUGCUUCCAGUCGCAUCGAGAUAUCACAUAGACAUGCUCUUUCCUCGGCAGCCAGUGUGACUUGUGUUGCCAGGGUUGACAUGGAAAGGGUCCGCUUUGGACAUAUUUGCUCACAUUUGGGACACGGCAAAAUCAUGAUUAUUGUAAGGUGCCUGUCAUUAUGACAUUACUGACAAACUCCACGACACCGCCAUCACAUGGCCGCUUUUCAGUGUGCUUGAGUGUAUGCCAGUUCAUCACGCCCAGAUAUUAUUUUCAAGUAUCAUAUGUGCAUAGUACGAGGCUGUAACUACAGUUGAAUCUUGAUAUAACGAACACGUGCAUGAUGAAUCAUUCGAUAUGACAAAGUACAUUUAGGAGGCCUCUAGGUGAUGUCAUUUGUUCAAGUUAUGUGCUUAACAUGAUAUAUAUGGCAAAGGUGUCUGUGUUGGAUACGACUGCAUAUGGCAACAUUGUUGGACCCCAGAGAAAGAAGAAUGUGAACACUAAUGUAAGGCAGUGCAUAGCAGACUAAGCUUGAAGGAAAUCGUUCUUUUAUUGCUAGUAGCCUGGACGACUAUGAAUGCACGAUUGUACACUCUUUGCACAUCAGUGUGUAUCUUGCAGUGUGUAUCUUUGCACAUCAGUGUGUAUCUACCAUUGAUGUGAACAUGGGGAAGGGGGGGAGUAAAACUCAAAGCCUGCAGAAAA